AUGGAGUCGUUGAAGCUCUACAACUCGCUCAAGCCCGGCGCACCGGUGCCGUUCGUGCCCAUCGAGGCUGGAAAGGUGUCUUGGUACGCCUGCGGACCGACCGUCUACGACAAGAGCCAUCUGGGCCACGCACGCAACUAUGUCUCGACUGACAUCAUCCGUCGCAUUCUGAUGCACUACUUCGGCUUCGACGUCAACUUCGUUAUGAACAUCACUGAUAUUGAUGACAAGAUCAUCAUCAAGGCCCGACGACAACGCCUACUGGAACUCGAAAAACAAAAGACGUACUCGGCCGAAGAGCUUCGCGAGCUCGCCCUCUCCGCUUUCCGAGCAUAUGCCAAGAGCAGCCUGCCACUGCUGCUCAAGGAUGGCGAGGAACUCGAUACGACCAACUACACUGUGCGAAAGGAGGCUGGAUAUGGUGGGGUGUUGGCUGGAGGAACCAUCUCUGGCGAGGGAAAGCCGGGCGAUGAUGAAGCCAAGGUCAAGAUGCACCUUAACAACAUGAACAAUGCCGUUGAUGCCAUCAAUGGAAGCAGCAUAUUCCCCGGCACAGACGAUAUCCUGCUCCCCUACCUCGAUUCCCUCUACAAGGAGACCAUCGACACCCGCGACCAGACCAUGUUCACGGAUCUCACCCAGAGCAUGGAGGAUCUUUUCAUGGAGGACAUGGAUGCCCUCAAUGUUCUUCGCCCUGACGUCAUCACACGAGUCACCGAUUACGUCCCGCAAAUCGCCAAGUUCGUCGAGAGGAUUGCCGACAAGGGAUUCGCAUACGAGUCCGAAGGGUCUGUUUAUUUCGACAUUACAGCGUUCGAGCAGGCCGGAAACACCUAUGCACGAUUGCGCCCCGACAACAGGAACGACAAGUCUCUUCAGGAGGAGGGUGAGGGCUCGCUGUCCAAGAACCUGGGUGGUAAGAAGAGCCCUGGCGACUUUGCGCUCUGGAAGAAGUCCAAGGCUGGCGAGCCGUUCUGGCCUAGCAAGUGGGGAGACGGCCGUCCUGGGUGGCACAUUGAAUGCUCCGUCAUGGCGUCUGAUGUUCUGGGAGCUCAGAUGGACAUUCACUCUGGCGGUGUUGAUCUAGCGUUCCCCCACCACGACAAUGAGUUGGCGCAGAGUGAGGCCUACUUCUGCGACCACUCGAAGGGUGAGCACACCUGGGUCAACUAUUUCCUCCAUAUGGGCCACCUUUCCAUCUCGGGCUCCAAGAUGUCCAAGUCGUUGAAGAACUUUCAGACUAUUCAGGAUGCUUUGUCCUCCACGUACACGUCGCGAGGCAUGCGGAUUGUCUUCCUUCUGGGUCGAUGGAACGACGGCGUGGAAAUUUCCCCUGACAUGAGACUGCAGGGUGAGAAUUGGGAAUCCACCAUUAGCAACUUUUUCAUCAACACCAAGUCCCUACUUGCCGAAGCUGGCAUUACUAGCGGCAUCCAGUCGCUUUCCAUCAACUCGGAUAACAAGCCGACCGAGGGCCUCCUCGGUGAGCUCGAGCAGGCUAAACAGGAGUUUGAGGCUGCCCUGGCCAACUCGUUUGAUACCCCCCGAGCCAUGGCUGUUAUUCUGAAGUUGGUCAACACGGCCAACAUCCAUCUCAAGGACAACAAGGAUGCAGACCUCACGGCGCUAGAGGCAAUGGCCCGAUGGAUUACCAAGAUUGUUGGCAUUUUCGGACUGGACGCCAAUGCCAAGCCUCCGUACAACGGCCUUGGCUGGGCAACUGUUAUUGCCGCCGAUGUGGAGCCCAAGACGGCCGUAGAACCCUAUGCGGAGAUCCUCACCAAGGUCAAGGCAGAUCUCGCUGGUCUCUCGCUUGAAAACUCAACCAUCUCGACUCUGCUCGGACAGGAUCCUAUCGCAGAGUUUGAGUCUGUAGCUGCCAGCGGCUCCCGCGACCCGGAGCAACUGGCUCUGCCAUACUUGCGUGUCGUGUCGAAGAUCCGUGACGAACUCCGCCAGAUUGUCGGCAGCCAGGCUCCUGAAACGAAGAAGGCGAUUCUAGUAUUGACUGACCGAAUUCGCGACCAGGACUUUACUAACCUGGGUGUCUACCUGGAUGACCGGCCAGACAACCAACCCUCCCUGAUCAAGUUUAUUCCCGCGGCGGAGCUCAUUGCAGCCCGCGAGGAGAAGGCGGCGCUCGCGGCAGAGAAGGCGAGAAAGAAGGAGGAGGCCCGUCUGGCGAGGGAGAAGGCGGACCUGGAGGCGCGUGAAAAGGCCAAGGUUCCUCCGGAGGAGAUGUUCAAGAACGACGAGAGGUAUAGCGCCUGGGAUGAGCAGGGAAUGCCCACUAAGACGAAGGACGGCAGUGAUGUGCCCAAGAGUCAGCUCAAGACGCUGAAGAAGCAGUGGGACCGCCAGAAGAAGGCGCAUGAGGAUCUCAAAGCGAAAGGCCUGCUGUAA